AUGUGCAGGUAUGUUACUGUCUCCCCUGUGAACAGGUAUGUUAGUCUGUGUUUCUCUGUCUCUCCUGUGGACAGGUAUGUUAGUCUGUGUUUCUCUGUCUCCCCUGUGAACAGGUAUGUUAGUCUGUGUUUCUCUGUCUCCCCUGUGGACAGGUAUGUUAGUCUGUGUUUCUCUGUCUCCCCUGUGAACAGGUAUGUUAGUCUGUGUUUCUCUGUCUCCCCUGUGAACAGGUAUGUUAGUCUGUGUUUCUCUGUCUCCCCUGUGGACAGGUAUGUUAGUCUGUGUUUCUCUGUCUCCCCUGUGAACAGGUAUGUUAGUCUGUGUUUCUCUGUCUCCCCUGUGAACAGGUAUGUUAGUCUGUGUUUCUCUGUCUCCCCUGUGGACAGGUAUGUUAGUCUGUGUUUCUCUGUCUCCCCUGUGAACAGGUAUGUUAGUCUGUGUUUCUCUGUCUCCCCUGUGGACAGGUAUGUUAGUCUGUGUUUCUCUGUCUCCCCUGUGAACAGGUAUGUUAGUCUGUGUUUCUCUGUCUCCCCUGUGGACAGGUAUGUUAGUCUGUGUUUCUCUGUCUCCCCUGUGAACAGGUAUGUUAGUCUGUGUUUCUCUGUCUCCCCUGUGGACAGGUAUGUUAGUCUGUGUUUCUCUGUCUCCCCUGUGAACAGGUAUGUUAGUCUGUGUUUCUCUGUCUCCCCUGUGAACAGGUAUGUAUCUGAUAAUGGUCCAGGUGAAUAUCGUUCUCUGUGCCAGCACAAACUCCUCACCUCCCUCAAGUUACCCUCCCCUGCCUCCCGCCUCCACCCCCCCUCUCAGCUGGAGUGGACAACCAAUCAGAGGAGAGGAAAUAUGGUGAUGGACAUACAUACCUUCAACGAGGAGAAGAUGACAGCUGAGGUAGAGUCCUGGACCACAGGGGAGCAGCUGGCUUCGUGGCUGCUCCACUUCAGAGGGUUACCUGAGGCUCCACGGGGCUGGUCUGUGUCGCUGCUAGCUGAUGAGGGCUGGUCUGAUCUGGCUGGAUGUGACUUUGUCUUGGACCUGUUGGCUGGAGCAGAGACUGAUGCUACACUGGAGAUCGCACACACAGACCCUGACUACCUGUUCAACAAUGAGGAAGACGGGAUGAUUACAACAGAUCUAGAUGGCUUCAUCCCCCCGGCCCCCUCCAUUCCGGCCCCUUGUCUCCCCCAGCAGGGCCGUAGAGACUACCAGCAGUCAGAGGGUUCUGGUCAGAUGGAAUACUAUCUGGAUGACCUCUUUGACCCAGUGAUGGACCAGGGACCAGGGGAGCGUAUGGUCAAGUUGAACAGGAGGAUGAGAGGAGGAGGAGGGAUGUAUAGACCAGGUGUUCCAAUGACAAUGCCAGGCUAUUCUAUGGGAAUGCCAGUGAACCCUGCCAUGCAAAACUACGGGGCUCCAAUGAUGCCAAGUAUGAUGUCAGCUGCCCCCAUGCCUAUGAUGCCAACCAUGAUGGCACCCCAGCCAGCUGCACCAGGCCUGGACCCCCAGCAGAUGGCAGCACAGCAGCAGGCUUUCAUCAACCAACAGGCCCUGCUCAUGGCCCAGCAGAUGACAAUGCAGGCGAUGACUAUGUCCCAGCAGCAGACUCAGGAGCAGCAGCGACAGCAGCAGCGGCGCCAGGCUAACCUUCGACCCGUCACACCCCCCCUCUCCCCCUCUCCCCCGGCCCAGACACAGACACACCACUCUGCCCUCUCACCCCCAGCCCAGACACAAACACUCCCCAGCGCCCCUCCGCAGCUAACCACACCCAGCCAGAGGAAACCACAGAUACAGCACCACAUACCUGAGCCGGAGAGAGAUGUGGACUUUGUCAGUCCAGACCAGCUGGACUCUUUCAAGGACAAGAGAGAGUUCUUCCAGAUGAUUGGUUCUCAGCCAAAGCCAGCAGCCAAACUGUCAAAGCCUCGCCCUGCUCCCAGUAGCCCCCCAAACAGACCCGUCCCCGCUCUCCCUCCCCCUCCCCACCCCCAGCACCCAGGACUUGGCAACGUCCCGGAGGGAGCACCCCCAAACAGACCCUUCCCCGCUCCCCCUCCCCACCUCCAGCACCCAGGACUUGGCAACGUACCCCGUCUCCUCCUGCCAGAGAAUCAGACCGCCCCAGCCCCCCUGCCUCCCCGCCCCCUCCCAGCACCAGAAUCCGUGACAUUAUUAAACAGUACCAAAACCGCCCUGUCAACGAUCCAAAAGACAGCCUCCACCUGCACGGCAGCCUCCCUCCACCAGAGGGCCUCACCCCAUUUCCAACCACAUGAAGCAGAAACAGUGCUCCCUUGCAGACCUGUUCGGCAAUCAGGGAAGCUCCGAGAACCCUCCGCCUGCUCCCCCGGGUUCACCCCCCCUCCUCCCCCCCCAGUCCAACACAUCUAUGAGAGCUUGCCAGACCCCCCCACCAAGGCUGCCCCCACACUCAGUAAGUUAAACUACUUCAGAGAUCUGCUGUCUGGGGAGGAGAGUGUUCGCUCCCAGAUCCACAGGUUCUCUGCCAGUGUCUACUUCUCCUACUCGGCUAUGCCUGGCAAACUGUUCCUACGCAAAGAGGUGUUUUACCCCAGAGAGAAGUUCAACCACCCCUACAUCCUCAAUCUCCUCUGUGAGCAGAUCAUGAGAGACACAUACUGUGACACCUGUGUGAGGAUCUCCAGAGAGGAGAGGAGGAAAAUGAAGGACCUACUGGCCAGUUUCAAUGUGGGUACAAGUGUCAGUUUGCUCCAGGAUGACACCAUGAAGAAGAGGAUAGUGAUGGCUGCCAGAGACAACUGGGAAAACUACUUCACAAGACUGUUCCCUGUCAAAGGUGAUACCAGCGGGGACACCCAGGUAUUGGGUGUGUCUCAUCGUGGGCUUCGUCUGCUGAAGGUGGCCAGAGCAUCAGGCAUCAACCCCAAACACCUGAUCCUGCUACGCAGCUACAGCUACGCGGAGCUGCUGUCGGUGAAGCUGCGGUCUGCAGACAUGGUAGAAUUCAGUCUGAAAGAAGAACAGCUGCAGCUGCAGAGCAACAGAGCUGCUCAGAUCACUGCCGUGGUCAGGCUGUUCCACCAAGAACUCGUCGAGGGCUCGGAUCAUGUGAUCGCCCUGAAGAGCUUUGAGACGGUCGACAAGAGCCUGCUCAACUUCCGCAAGGGUGACAUCAUCAAACUGCUGCCCAUAGAUGGCCUCAAACCAGGUUGGUGUUUCGGUUCCAUUGGGGGGCGCUCGGGUCUCUUCCCCACGGACAUCACUCAGCCGUCUGCCCCUCCUGACUACCACCAUGUCCACCUUGACCGCCGCGACGAGAGGAGGAAGAGCAUGAGAGCUCCAACCCCCAGACCCACCUCCCACAACGGCUCAGCACAGCCCAGCCGAGAUGGCUCCGUCCUGGGGUCGGCUCGGUCGGUUCAGGGUAGUGAGAUGAAUGACGUACAGACGUUCCUGAUGACAGAGUUUGCCAUGAAAUACUUCAGAGAUGCUGACACGAGCAUGGAGGGUAGAGGUCUUCUUGAUGGAGGUCGAAACUUCUCAGAGAUGGUUCAGUACACAGAGGUUCCCGUUCGGGAAUCUCUCAUCCUGUACUCUGAUCCUGAUCUUAAUAACCUGGCUGUCCAGGCCUUCAUGAGUGUGAUGCAGUUCAUGGGAGACCAGCCUCUGGGGAAUCACAAGUCUGAGGAAGACUGUGUCAGCCAUGUCUUGAUGCUGGGGAAGGAGAAGGAGUUCCUGAGAGAUGAGAUCUACUGCCAGGUCAUCAAACAGACGACUAACAACACUCACAGGCAGAGCUGUACCCGAGGUUGGCGUUUAUUGCACCUGGUAACAGGGUUCUUCCCCUGUUCUGGCACUCUCAAUCCCUACGUCACACAACUCUUACAAAACAUCAGCCAAGACCCCUCACACCCUUACCAAGAGCUGUCUCAAUACUGUAAGGAGAACCUGUUCCGGUCUCUGAUCCACGGAGGUCGCAGACACGUCCCCUCUCAAGUAGAGAUGGAAGCCAUACUGGCUGGCAGAAGCUCUCGCCGGUUCCCCAUCAAGCUGCCGGGUGGAGUAGACUUCCCCUGUAAGAUACGCAGCUUUAGCGUGGCUCAGGAGGUGGUGGAAGAGCUGUGUACAGAGAUGGGCAUCCAGGACCUGUCAGAAGUCAACGAGUUCUCUAUCCAUGCCAGCCGGGACCAGGAGGGGAUGAUGCGGCCAAUCCACCCUGAUGAGUACCUGUUUGACUUCCUUUUGGAUGACGGCUCCAUUUUCCUGUCCUUCCACCGCGUCAUGUGGACACACCCGCUUCACUUCGACAAUGACCUGUACCUGGAGUUCCACUUCCAACAGGUCCUGGGUGAUUACCUGGAUGGCAAACUGCUGCUGCCAAGCGGUGGUGCCAAUGUUGUCCAGCAGAUGGCAGAGCUGGCUGUCCUGCAGCGUCUGGCACAGGGUCUUACUCAAGAGCCCUCUGUGCCUGAACUGAAGGAGUACCUCCCCCGACAGGAAGGGGGCAGCACCAACCUGGAGCAGAUCCACUCUAUUUCCCUCAGAGAGAGAACCACCAUGCUGUCCCUCAGCCCCCACGAUGCCAAAGCACGCUUACUCGAGUGCCUGAGCUCCCUACCUCUGUUCGGCUCUAAUAUCUUCCUGGCUCAGAAGGUCAGCCAUCGCAGCUGCCCCUCGCCCUGCCUGGUGGCUGUCAACCAAGAGGAAGUGUUGUUCUGCCAUCCCAAAACACAGGAGCGGGCGUUUGUAAUCCCGUUGGUAGAAGUGCAGUCACUGAGCUUGGUCAAAUCCAAGCAGGACAAGAAGGUGCCAGGAGUGGAGAUCAAAUACGGCAACCCAGGACGCCCAAAAACCAUCACCGUCCACCUCAAGCAGGCCAAGGAGUUGUGCCACAUCAUUGCUGUCAUUAUGGAGAAGCUGGUACAACCACCCAUCAAUAGUUCUGUCUCUAGCCGCAACUAGUAGAUACGCGCACACACACAGACACACACACACACACAGACACUCUUAGAGAGGGAGCCUGCUGAUACCCUCAGCCUAGAUGUCUUAGGAUCAGCCUAUUGAUUAACGGGCCUUUGAUUGAUUAAUGCCUUCAUAUUUUUAUCUACAACAUUUAGUUAUAAAAAAAAUUGACAUAUUACAGCUAUGAGUACCAAUGAAUGUCCACAUUUUUAAAUUCCUUUGUACGUGUUUAUAUAACCAAUGUAUCAAUGUGACGAUUUAUUUGCAAUAAAUGUUUGUGUAAUUUAAGGCCAGGCACCACACCCUCACAUGGUAAUUUUUUCCCCUUAAUCAAUAUAGCAAUGAACUUUUACCAGUUGAAUGCAGAAACAAUUAUAAUAUUUUUUUUGUAUUACAAUUCUUCUGAAAUAUUUGGUUUAAAUAUGCAAAUGACGCAAUAUCUAAUUAAAUGGCAUUAAAUGGCCACAUAUGUUCAUAUCAUGCAAAUCUAAUUUUCUGGACACUGGAUAAAGUCAGUCUAAAUAUUUUGGUUUAAUUUUGUUAAGACACUCCAUGACCGGACUUGUCCAGAGCAGAUUGUGGAUAAAUACUUGUUAUCUUUCUAUCUGUGAAAUACUAGACACGCACAUAAAAAUGCAUUUUUGGCGCAUUUUUCCAAUGAAAAUGUUAUCUAGAAUAAAAAAUGUACAACAUACAAUAUAUGUACAAAGGUUUGUGGACACCCCUUCAAAUGAGGGUAUUCGGCUAUUUCAGCCACACCCGUUGCUGACAGGUGUAUAAAAUCGAGCACACCGCCAUGCAAUCUCCAUAGCCUAACAUUUUCAGUAGAAUGGCUCAGUGACUUUCAAUGUGGCACGGUCAUAGGAUGCCACCUUUCCAACAAGUCAGUUUGUAAAAUGUCUGCACUGCUCGAGCUGCCCUGGUAAACUGUAAGUGCUUUUAUUGUGAAGUGGAAACAUCUUCACAAUAAAAGAGCAAAAUUGUCUCAUCCGCGAAGUGGUAGGCCACACAAGCCCACAGAAUGGGACUGCCAAGUGCGGAAAAAUGUAGUGAUUCAAAAUCGCCUGUCCUCAUUUGCAACACUCACUACAGAGUUCCAAACUGGCUCUUGAAGAAACGUCAGCACAAGUACUGUUCGCCACAAGCUUCCUGAAAUGGGUUUCCAUGGCCGAGCAGCUGCACACAAGCCUAAGAUCACCAUGCACAAUGCCAAGCGUCGGCUGGAGUGAGGUAAAGCUCAGCGCCAUUGGACUCUGGAGCAGUGGAAACUAGUUCUCUGGAGUGAUGAAUCACGCUCCACCAUCUGGCAGUCCGUCGGACGAAUCUGGGUUUGUCGGAUUCCAGGAGAACGCUACCUGCCUAAAUGCAUAGUGCCAACUGUAAAGUUUGAUGGAGGAAUAAUGGUCUGGGGCUGUAUUUCAUGGUUCGGGCUACGCCCCUUAGUUCCAGUGAAGGGAAAUCUUUUCAGGAAAACGCUACAGCAUACAAUGACAUUCUAGACGAUUCUGUGCCUCCAACUUUGUGACAACAGUUUGGGGAAGGCCCUUUCCUGUUUCAGCAUGACAAUUCCCCCAUGCACAAAGCGAGGUCCAUACAGAAGUGGUUUGUUGAGAUCGGUGUAAAAGAUCAUUUGGAAUGCCGACUGCGAGCCAGGCCUAAUCGCACAACGUCAGUGCCCGACCUCACUAAUGCUUUUGUGGCUGAAUGGAAGCAAGUCCCCGCAGCAAUGUUCCAACAUCUAGUGGAAAUACUUCACAGAAGAGUGGAGGCUGUUGAAGGAGCAAAGGGGGGAGCAACUCCAUAUUAAUGCUCAUGAUUUUGAAAUGAGAUGUUCGACAAGUCCACAUACUUUUGGUCAUGUAGUGAUUCAACAAUUCCUUCAGGGGAAGUCUGGAGAAUAUAUUUAAGGAUAACCACACAAUAUGUUGUAAAUGCAGAUGCUUCUGAAGCUGAGAAAAACUAGUUGUGGGAAGAGGUAUUUUCAGGAAGUGUCAGUUUAAGAACACUGAAUUUGGAGGCCAAAUGCCUUUUUAUACCCAAUCACCAUCUCUUCAAAGUAGGUUACUGAAUAUAGUCCAGUUUGUAACACUAUCUAUGCAAUGGUCUUUUAAAUUAUUGGUAAUUUAAUGUAGUGAGUUUUGAAAAGAUUCAUAUAUGUCAAUUUUAAAGUGGCACUAUAGUAUGAUAAACUAAAGAAAAUAUAUUUUUUUAUCAAGUUUAAAAAAAUGUUAUGCUUCUUUUUUAGAAAUUACUCAUAUUAUAAAAUACCAACAAAUCUCAAAAUAUAUAAGUAGAAGCAAACAUUUCAUUUCAGCCUGUUGUGCCUGGCCUUGAAAAUAUUUUGGGGAUUGAUGUGUAUAACUAUGAAAAAGCUUGAUGAAUAAGGUAUUGUUGUUUAAAUUCUAUGUGAACAUGUAUUGCUAAUAGAAAAGCUAUGUUAGAAAGAGAUACUGUUUUCCAGCUGUGUUUAGUUUGAUAGGCCUAUAAAACCACAAACUGACCUGUCCCAUUCUUACAUAACUACAGUAUGGAAACAACUUCUAGCCCAGAAGCCUACAGUAGGCCUGGCAAUCCUGGAAUCUUUGCAGGCUACUGGUAGGUUCUAAUUUCUGGUACAAUAAUCCAGACCAGUGGAGGCUGCUGAGGGGAGGACGACUCAUAAGAAUGGCUGGAAUGGAGUAAAUUGAAUGGCAUCAAACCGGGGCUGCAGGGUAGCCUAGUGGUUAGUGGUUAGUAACCGGAAGGUUGCAAGUUCAAACCCUCGAGCUGACAAGGUACAAAUCUGUCGUUCUGCCCUUGAACAGGCAGUUAACCCAUUGUUCCUAGGCCGUCAUUGUAAAUAAGAAUUUGUUCUUAACUGACUUGCCUAGUUAAAUAAAGGUAAAAUAAAUGUGUUUGAUGUAUUUGAUACUAUUCUACUUAUUCCGCUCUAGCCAUUACAACGAGCCCGUCCUCCCAAAUGAAGGUGCCACCAACCUCCUGUGUUCCAGACGGACUCGGAGAAAAAUCAAGCUAGAUUUAUUCACCACACUGAGUGUUGCAGCUGCAAAAGACAAUCUACAGGUCACACAAGCACAUAGAUGUAUACCUUUCUGACUAGACCCCCCUACCGUAUGUCUAGGAUGAACAACCAGUCUCUGUUGCUGAGCAGAAACUGAGUCCGUUCCUCUUGGUGUUAUCGUGUCCCAGAGUCCAGAGCCUUCUCACUCCUCUGGGCCUUUCCCAGGUCUUCUUAUCGCUGCGCUUCCGAGUGGCGCAGCGGUCUAAGGCACUGCAUCUCAAUGCUAGAAGCGUCACUACAGGCACCCUGGUUUGAAUCCAGGCUGUAUCACAACCGGCCUUGAUUGGGAGUCCGAUAGGACGGUGCUCAAUUGGCCCAGCGUUGUUAGGGUCUGUCCGGGGUAGACUGUCAUUAUUAAUAAGAAUUUGUUCUUAACUGACAUGUCUAAUUAAAUAAAGGGUACAUAAAAUCAA